AAUUCAGUGGUAGAAAAAUAUUGCUAAAGCAACUGUGAAGUGUUGUGUUAUUUUAACUCAAGUGAAUUAAAUUAAUCUGAAGUGAAAAAUGCCGCCAAAGACCAGUGGAAAGGCAGCGAAAAAGGCUGGUAAAGCCCAGAAAAAUAUAACCAAGAACGACAAGAAGAAGAAGCGCAAGAGGAAGGAGAGUUAUGCCAUCUACAUAUACAAAGUUCUGAAGCAGGUUCAUCCUGAUACAGGCAUUUCAUCGAAGGCAAUGAGCAUCAUGAACAGUUUUGUGAAUGACAUUUUCGAGCGCAUUGCUGCUGAAGCUUCCCAUUUGGCCCACUAUAAUAAACGAUCGACAAUAACGAGUCGCGAAAUCCAAACGGCAGUCCGCCUACUUCUGCCCGGUGAAUUGGCUAAGCACGCCGUAAGUGAAGGCACCAAAGCCGUUACCAAGUACACCAGCUCAAAGUAAAUGUCUGAUCGCCCGCUUCAUAGCAGCAACAACGUUCCAAAAGGCCCUUUUCAGG